GAAAUAUUUGUCCAAACUGUAUCAUGUUUGGUCUCAUUUUAAUCAGAAAAAUAUCAGCAAUACGUUAAAAAAACUUCAAAGUUUCAAAAUGUUAAAACUAAAAAAGUUAUAUCAUUGUAUUACGAGUUGCCUGCCGGCAAUAAAUCACAGAGCCGCAUAUUGCAAUAGCACAGAGAAUUUCCCAGCAAUCAGAAACGAGUCACUCUAUAUAAAACAAAAAUAUUAUUUCUUAUUCGAUCCAUCCUAUUCACUUGGUUAUUAUUUAUACAGAAAGAAAUACCGUUCAUUUUUACGAAAACACAAGAUCGCACGACGUGACCACAGUUACGUGAGAAACCGCAAAGAAAACUUCGCGUAUCUUUUUUGUCCGCGAGAGCAUAGCAAAGAAAGAAAAUUGUGAAGAUAAUCAAAUUGAUCGAUUCGUGUCGGAACACUAUAAUCCGAGCGAAUUACUAUCGAUACCGGCAAGAAGGCAAAAAAACUUCUUGUAUCCUUCGCUUUCCAAACAGACAGCGAACCGAAAGAAAGAAAUUCUAGAAGAUUCAUAGCAAUCGCGUCAUUUCCAGAAUUGACUGUUUCGCAUGUUUCUGAACGUCUCCUUCGGCCCGCAAAUCGUAACGAUCGAUCGAGAGACGGUACUACGCAAUUCGAGCAAAUUACAAUCAAUUUCAAAGGACAAGCGAGCCGAGGGAUGAUUGAGAUAAUGGUAAGACAGGGUAAAUAAAAUAACGUGACAAGACGUAGUUGGACGAUGCCGCAGAUUGUUCGGACAGACGUUCGACGGAAUCGAGUGAGAUGGAAGUGUUUCGAGGGAACCUUAAAAUCUACUAUUCUCUAUUGUGCUUCACCGGGCUCUGGCCCUACAACAAUUCUGUCGUAAUAAAGAUAUACAGACUCGCCAUUAUGCUGAUACUAUGCGGCUGUAUAGCAAACCAGCUGUCGACGAUAGGGAACACAAAAAUUACGCUGAACGAAAUAAUUACACAGAUAUCGUUCGGAUGUACGUUAUUCCUGUAUAUAUCACGAUACUUCACCACUAUCAUAACAUUCCCGUCGAUAAGAUACGUAUUCGAUAGUAUGGAGGAAGAUUACGUUGCACUGAAAAAUUCUAUCGAACUGGAGCUGUUGAUGAAAGAUUUAGUAACAGCGAAACACAUAAUACAGGCAUAUUUCGUUAUGACAUGCGCGGGAAUAGUGUGUCUAUUUAUAAGUCUGGGACUGCCGACGUUUUUCGAAACGGAUAUUCAGCUUCGCCUUCUACGUCUCUUGGGAUUCUUUUACACUGACAGAAGCUCGCAAAGUGAUCUCUCUUGCUGGAGCAUCAUAGUGGCGGUAUCGUAUGGUUUGCUAACGGUAUCGUGUACGGAAGGAACCAUUAGCGUUUGCGCCACCUAUUUUAGCGGGCUGUUGGAAAUUGCUACUUACCGAAUGCGAACCGCAGUAAACAAAGUGGCAAAUUCAGAUACAAUAAAUGUCAUAGACCUACGACCCGUUGUGGAAAUACAUCUUCGAGCUAUUCAACACUCGAAAAAGUAUACGGACGAUGUGAUGCUAACCUCUUUAAUGAUAAUGAUAGUUGUUGUUGUCGCGUUCGGUGUACACAUAUAUCGUCUCUACAUAUAUAUCACUGAGGAGGGAGAAUACGAUGAAAUAUUGAUCACCUCGUACUUCGUAUUAGCAUAUUUGGCGUUUAUAUGCGGGAAUAAUUACAGCGGGCAAAUACUGCUAGACAACAGUAUCAAAUUGUACCAAGAAACAUACAAUUCAUUGUGGUAUCGGAUACCGCCAAAGAUGCAAAAGAUGGUGUUAAUCGCGCUGAUAAAAUCUCAGACGGCGGUAGAAUUUAAUCUUGCCGGGUUAUUCACUCCCUGUUACGAAGGAUUCACGAUGAUGAUGAGCUCGUCAUUUUCCUAUUUUACUCUCCUUUGUUCAGUGCAGUAGAACAUUUAGAAGGAAUUGUUAUGAAGAUAGUGUUCGCAGAAGAUCAAUUCAGCGGAACAACAAGUAUCACAAGCUACAAACUAGUAACACAACUGUGCCUUCGAUGAAAGCAUAAUCAACGGAAUUAGUGAAUACAUGGCUCCUUUGACUGCUCCUGGAAGACAAUUUACAAUACAAUGACAUAACUUUGUUUAAUUUUCACAUUUUAAAAGUGUUUUUUUUAACAUAUUGCUGAUAGUUUUCUGAU